AUGCCACACUUUGACGAGGAGACCGAUCACUACGAUUUGAUGAUUGGUUUUGCCCGACGCAUUAGAUUGCAGGAGCAGGCGGAAUGGGCAAAGGAAGAAGAAGAACGGAACUGGGAGCCGUUACUUCGACUUCUCCGGGAAGCCAUGGAUCGUACUGAACAAUGGAUUGAUGUUGACACCGAGUUGAGAAGGGACUUCUUCCUGUUGGCGAGCGAUCUCCUGCAAAAGAUUGGACGUUCGGUACAGUCCCAAGGGGCACUUACCAGGGCUGCAGAACUUACGAUCCAAUUGAGGCACGAGGAUGAAGCAGCGGAAGCGCUCCGUCAGGCACGCGCUGCGGAGGAAGUAGCACGCCAGUAG